AUGAAAAAUCUGACUGAAUUGAUAGAAUUUGUUCUCUUGGACUUUGCUGAUGUUCCCCAUCUCCAGUGGCUUCUAUUUGGAAUUUUCCUAGUCACCUAUAUUGUUAUUGUGAUGAAUAAUGGCAUCAUAUUUCUAAUAACAAAAUUGGAUCCUGCUCUCCACCCUCCUAUGUACUUUUUCCUUGGCAAUUUUUCCUUUUUGGAAAUCUGCUAUGUUUCUGUUACUUUCCCCAGAAUGCUUAUGAACCUUUGGACCCAGAGAAGAACAAUUUCUUUAGUUGCUUGUGCUACACAGAUGUGCUGUGUUCUUGUGUUGGGAGCCACAGAGUGCCUUCUUCUGACAGUGAUGGCCUAUGACCGCUACAUGGCCAUUUGUAACCCUCUGCACUACCUUCUAGUCAUGAACCACAAAUUUUGCAUCCAACUGGCAGCUGGCUCUUGGGUCAGCGGAAUUCCAGUCCAAAUAGGGCAGACAUUCCAGAUUUUUUCUCUGCCCUUUUGUGGCUCUAAUUUAAUUGACCACUUUUUCUGUGACAUCCCCCCAAUACUGAAGCUUGCUUGUGGGGACACAUUUGUGAAUGAAAUGAUGGUCUACAUAGUUGCUGUGUUGAUUGUCAUGGCUCCCUUUCUUUUGAUACUUAUUUCCUAUGGCAAAAUCAUCUCCAAAAUCCUUAAAUUGCCAUCAGCCACAAGUCAGGCCAAAACCUUCUCCACCUGUUCAUCUCAUCUUAUGGUUGCGGUGUUGUUCUUUGGAUUAGGCAUUAUUACCUACUUAAGACCCAAAACCAGUCACUCAACACGGACUGACAAAGUGCUUUCUCUUUUCUACACUAUUGUGACUCUCAUCUUUAAUCCCCUCAUAUACAGUCUAAGGAACAAGGAAGUCAUAAAGGCAUUGAGAAGAUUGCUACGUAAAUAA